UCCACAUCUGGAAAUAGUUGCGUAAGAGUGAAAACAGGAAUAUUUCUGACAGGCUCCAUUAGAAAAAGCAUUUUCGAGGAACUGAUCACACUAAAGGACGAUGUUUCUAAAACUUCUAGCCAUUCUUGUUGUUGGUCAACUUCAAGGUGCCUACUGCACGGUAACCACUACAGGAAAUCUGGCUAUACUGGAGGGUCAGUCUGUCACUGUUCCCUGUCACUACAACCCACAGUACACCAGCCAUGUGAAAUAUUGGUGCCAAGGCCUGAUGAAAGACUUCUGCACCAGCCUGGCUCGCACCGAUAACCCUCAAUCAGCCCCUAACGGGAAUGGACGGGUGACGAUCGCUGAUGACCCCACUCAGCACGUGUUCACCGUGAGCAUGCGGGACCUGAUGAAGAAUGAUUCAGGGUGGUACUGGUGUGGGGUGGAGAUUGGAGGAAUGUGGACUUCUGACAGCACUGCCUCUCUUUAUAUCAGUGUUGAUCAGGGUGUGUCAGUGUUGAACAGUAUGGUGAGUGCAGAUGAAGGAAGUAGCAUCAGUGUUCAGUCUAUCUACAGUCAGAACCUUAGGUCCAAUGAGAAGAGAUGGUGCCGCAGCGGUGACUUGAGCUCGUGCGUAGUAACAAACUCUAAUGGAACAUUCAGCGGUAGGAACUUGAUCAUUCGUGAUGACAGGAAAAGUGUCUUCACCGUAACCUUACAGCAUCUGGAGAUGAGGGAUUCGGGAUGGUAUUGGUUAGGAGCUGGUCAACACCAGGUGGCUGUCCGUGUGUCAGUCACACCACGAGCUACAAAGACCACAACGUCUCUCGUCCAAAUUUUGAGGUCAACAGCUGCGUUUCCUGUAAUAAAGUCAAAUGACUCUCACAGUAAUUUUCAGUCUCCGUUGAUCGUGUGUGGGGUUGUGCUGUUGGUCAUCACGGCAUUUCUGGUCAUUUGGAAGUUGAGACAACAAUAUAAGAACAAGCACAAACAUCGAUGGACAAGAGAAAUUAAUGAUAAUCUCACAAUGGGUCCAUGGAGAGAAAUGGACUAUAAAAGUACAUCAGUAAUUUUCCUGAACAGCCCAGCUCCAGCAGGUGCACAUGUUUUAAUGGAGAACGUCCCUUGCGAAAAAUAACCAUGGUUUUACUACAGUUAAAACCAAAAAACCAUGGUUACUACACUUUUAAAAACAUGGCCAAUUUUCGUAAGGGGUUUAAAGAGCCCUGUAUCACAUUAAACACUUAAACAAACUUCAAUGCUCCUAUGCAUAAGGAGAUUAUGGUACAACAAUAGAUAGGUAAAGAAUUACUCAAUUAUUUCUUUAAGACACUUUAAGUCAUCAGUUACAGAUGCGAAGAUGCUAUGGUAUGGUGUUGUGUAGAGACUGUGGUAACAUUGUGACCUUUCUAUUUACCUGUUGAAUGUGAAAAAAUGUCAUUUAUAUUUAAAUUUCACCUAAUAUGGCAAAUUUCAAGAUGCAAUAUUAGUCUCGUGUGUCCCCAGCAUGUGCCUGUAAAGUUUCAGGUCCAAAUACCCAAUAAAUCAUUUACUAUACCAUGUUGAAAA